AUGAGCAGUGAUUUGGAGCGCGUUUCACUCAAUUCAACGACGGCUAACUCGGGAACUGGGUCGGGUGGCCGCGCGCUGUCAGCAAACGUUCGGAAGCUGCACAACGCGCUCAACCUGCUGCUCACAGACUUCGAGAGAGAACAGUUCAUACACUGUCUAAACGUUUACCAUGCAAAGCGCAACGUCUUCGAUUUAGUUCAAACUCUCAAAAUAAUCCUCAACACGCCAAACAAACGACAACUCCUCCCCAUGUUGCGGUUGGUCAUUCCGCGCUCAGACCAGCUGUUGUUUGACCAGUAUACUUCCGAGGGCCUGUACCUUAAAACGGACCAUCUACCGCAAAACAGUGGUAACAACCCUGAAAGCUCUGGAGGAGAAAUCCGCCAAGUGACACUGAGACGCAGAAAGAGCAAUGAGGGUUUAGGGUUCAGCAUCCGGGGAGGCUCCGAGCACGAUGUGGGAAUAUAUGUGUCGCUAGUAGAACCCGGAUCUUUCGCUGAGAAUGAGGGAUUGAGGGUCGGUGAUCAGAUAGUGACUGUUAACGACAUGCUGUUUGACAGACUCUCACACAUGGAGGCAGUCAAGGUCCUGAAGGGCUGUAAGAAGCUAGCCAUGUCAGUGUGUUCUGUGGGCCGUAUCCCUGGCGGUUAUAUCACCAACCACAUCUACACCUGGGUGGACCCUCAGGGCCGCAGUGUCUCCCCUCCCUCCGACCUGGAGAAGCAGGAGCAGCACAGCACCCUGGGACGGCAGGACAGCCAGAGACGUGGACACACACAGGAGAGGGCUGAGAAGACAAUCACCCUAAACUUGAACGAUGGCCUCUCUCUGGGCCUGAUGAUCAGAGGAGGGGCAGAGUACUACCUGGGCAUAUACAUUACUGGAGUGGACCCAGGCUCAGCCGCAGACCACGGUGGACUCAAGGUGGGCGACCAGCUGCUGGAGGUGAAUGGGCGGAGCUUCGUGGCCAUCCCCCAUGAUGAGGCGGUGAGGAUCCUGAAGACGUGUCGCCACCUGCUGGUUAGGGUGAGAGACGUUGGCCGCCUGCCUCAUGCCCGCACCGUGGUGGACCAGACCAAAUGGAUCAGCAGCCCUAGCCCCCCGAGCCCACCGCCCAUAGCAGAGAGCACCGCCAGCCCAGCUACUACACGUCUGGGAAUAGUCUCUUCUCACAGCCACUGUAUGAGUGUGCAGAGCGCCCUGAGUCUGUCAGUGUGUCGAGGUGUGUGGCCCCCAGGUUCCCAGGUGUCUCUGGAGGAGCAGGCCUUUCUGCUGCUGACAGACCCAGAGAGGCAGACCAUGGGUUACUACCUGCAGGAGUACCAGGAUGGACACAUCAGUCUGAAACCCCUGGCUAUGGCCCUGUUUGAACUCUUCAACACCCACGCCAAGUUAUCCUUGCUGUCUGAGGUGCGUAGCCUGGUGGCUCCCCAGGACCUGGAGCUGUAUGAUGGUCUGGUGCUGCACCGUGAGAGGGAGGGUCUGAAGGCCUGGCAUGGAGAAAAAGGAACGUUGCAUCCACACAGCCACUGUGUACACACAGAGCCCUCAGCCAGCCACAGCCACUCCAACCCCACCACUCUCUGCUCUGCCAAGCAUGAGUGCUCACAUGGUGACAGUGUAGAGCAAGAUCCAGGGGUACGCACUAAUGUCCUACCUGACGUUACAUUGAAAGAAGUGCAGUCUACAGCUGAAUCUCCUCCGUCCUUCAAGCCAUCUCUUCCCUCCGGCCAUACCCAGACCAGAAACCCCAAGGAGAGAGCCCCUUCCAAGCGCCCCUCAUCCAGUCAUUCCCAGUCUGGCCUGAUCUUUACUGCCCCCACCAGGCUACACCAGGAAUGUCACCACAAAUCCCUCAAAUCCUUCAGCUCCUCCAACCACCAAACCUCCACCUCCCCUAGUUCUGGCCUCCAUCACACCUGUCCCAACCCUGGCCACCAAAACAGCCCCAACCCUGGCACCAACCACAGUGCCAAUCCAAGCUCUGGUCAUCAGACAUCCAUAAACUCUCUCCACCACACCUGCCAAAACUCCCUCCACAUCUCCACCCCCACCUCUGACCACCACCCCCUCCAAGGCUGCCCUAGCUCUAGCCACCAUACCUGCCCCGGCUCCCUUCAUCACAACCCCUUGUGGUUCCCCUCUGCUCCUCCAACCCAGGAGACGACCAUCAAGCACCCCAUCUUCAGAUCCUGUUCCCAUGAGAAGCCUGCUACCUCCCCUAAGACUGCCUCCCCUUGUUUCUCACCGUGUCCCUCCCCUGGUCUCUCCCCAUGUCCCUCACCCUGUCCCUCUCUUGCUGUCCUGAAGCCGCCCCCAUGUAGCCCAGACAGACCCUGCUCUCCCUGUUCUCCCUCCCUCAGCCAGGGAGGUCAGUGUGUCAUGGCAGGCGUACACAGACUGACUGCUGAGGUCAGGCCCCAGCCCCAGCAGAGAGGCGCCACAUUGUCCCAACUGUCAGACAGUGGUCAGACUCUGAGUGAGGACAGUGGGGUGGACAUUGCUGAGGCAGGAGGGCUGAGUAAAGACAGCAGUCCUCGGCCCAGUAAGAACCAGCCCACACAGCAGUCCCAAGUGGCCCAGGGACCUGCAGCACUGGCAUCCAAACAGCAGCCUGGCUCUCCAGUGCCCACCCCUACCCUGGUACAUGUGGUAAAGAAUGCCAAUACUCUGGGUAUCGCUAUAGAGGGAGGGGCAAACACACGCCAGCCGCUGCCACGCAUCGUCACCAUACAGAAGGGGGGCUCGGCACAUGGUUGUGGGCAGCUGAAGGUGGGUCAGGUGAUUCUGGAAGUGAACGGUGUCUCCCUGAGGGGCCGUGAGCACCAGGACGCUGCUUGCAUCAUCGCUGAGGCCUUCAACUCCAAAGAGAGGGACCACAUUGACUUCCUGGUCACAGAGUUCAACGCAGCUCUCCUGCAGGGCCUUUUGCAGGGUCGUAUUCAUUAG